CUAAAUAUCAAUACCAGGUUCUGUGUUGACGUUGACGUUUCACUUUCACAUUUUUAGGUUAGAAGUUGGUAAAAUAGGUUGGUAAAACUUAUAUACUCAUAUUAAAAAGUAAUAAGAUUCAAUUACUGCGUUUCUAACAAAUAUUCAAUAAUUUUCAUAGAUUUGUGUUGUAAACUUACAGUUUGUUUGCAAUAUUCAGCUACAUUUUUAUCUUGAUAAAACAAAUUGAAAAUGGUUACCUCACCACGUCAGAACAGUGCAGUAGAACUGUUUGAUAUCAAAAAUUCAUACUACAUUGGAAAUUACCAACAAUGCAUUAAAGAAGCUCAAAAAUUAAAGCCCAGCUCUCCCGAGGUAGCCCUGGAGCGAGAUAUAUUCCUUUACAGAGCUUAUUUGGCGCAGAAAAAGUUGCGUAUUGUUUUGGACGAGAUCAACCAGUCAUCGCCGAGUGCAUUGCAGCCUCUCAGGCUUUUGGCCGAAUACUUGUCGGCAACAUCGAACCAGACAAAACUUCUAGCAGCCCUCGAUGAGCGCAUGGAGAAAGGUCACCCAUCCAGUGACGGCCCCUUAGGCAACCAGGUGGCGGCGACAAUCUACUGCCAGGCGGGCAACUGGGAGUCCGCACUGCGUGCCCUCCACCAGGACGAUGACCUUGAGAGCUGGGCGAUGGUGGUUUGCAUCUACCUCUCCAUGGACCGCGUCGACUUGGCUCGCAAGCAGCUCAAGCAGAUGCAGGAGGCCGAUGAAGAUGCUACGCUCACUCAACUUGCCACUGCUUGGCUCAACAUUGCUCUGGGUGGUGACAAACUGCAGGACGCAUUCUACAUCCUUCAGGAGUUGGUGGACAAGUACGGAGUGAGCUGUCAGCUGUUGGUGGGUCAGGCCGCCUGCCAGGUGGGACUGUGCAGGUGGGAGGAGGCUGACUCACUCUUGCAUGACGCACAAGAGCAGGACAACGCCGAUGCUGACGCCGCGAUUAACGCCAUACUGGUCAACCAUCAUUUCAACAAGAUCACUGAGGCUAAUAGAAUGCUGACUCAGCUGAAAGAGUCGAGCAGCAAACAUCGAUUUGUGAAAGAAAUUUUGGCCAAAGAGGACGAAUUUGACCGUUUGGAGGCGCAGUAUGCUGCUGAAAAAUGAGCCAAAAAUGUGUGCAAAUUUGUGCAAAAACUCUAUGUUGACUCUUUGGCUUCACACCACAUUUGUGCAAACAUUUAGGAUAGGCACACAAGGAACUGUGAACAUUACAUUUGUUUCAACUACCUUUGUUCUAUUCAUUAAAAUUAUUGUAAAAAUUAUUAUUUAUGGAAAAACAUUUAUGCCGAUUCCUUAACAUUUUUCAUUGAUGUACUCAUUUUUUUGUGCAAACAUUCAUUAUAGGUACACAAAAAACUUUGAAAUAUUAGAUUUAUUCUCUUUAUUUUCAUUCAUACAAUAAUUACAUCAUCAAAAUGAUAGGGAGAGAAAAAAAUAAGAUAACCUUGUGCUAUUUCUCUCCCAAAUUCAGAUAGGGUUACACAUAGUCCGAAAUAGGUUAACAAUCACCUUUGUUCCAUUUCUUAAAAUUAUUGUAUUUAAUAUUGUUUUUUAUAGAAAACAUUCAUGAAAAUUAUGAUUAUUAUAAACAUUUAUGAUGUAAUAUUCUUCAUUAAUGUACUCAUUAUUUUGUGAUAUCAUUCAAUAUAUUCACUCAAGAAACUGUGAAAUAAUAGGAUUUUUAACAACCUUUGUAUCAUUUAUUAAAAUGUUUAUAUAAAUUAUAUUCUUUAUCAAUUAUUUAUAUUUUAUUAUUAUUUAUGAUGAUAUUCCGUUACAACUUUUAUUAAUGUUCAAUUUUGGAUACCAGUACUGUAUAUUGCUGAAUACAAUAAACGCUGAUUGUUUAUCAAU